CUGUUAACAGAUUUUUCUUCAAUAAUUUAGACUCUCAAUCAUUAUUAUUAAUUGUAAUUUAAAUUGAACAAUUUUUCUCAUUUGUGAUGCAUUAUACCAUAACCGUCACUACUUCUGGGUGGCUUCACCAGUAUUUCUGUUCUUUCUUCUGGAGUUGAAAUCAAGUCGUCACACUGAAAUUAAAAGCAAAUCUCAAAAUUUUGAAGGGAAAGAUGAUGCAGGAUUAUGGAUCGAUCGACCACCAAGCAGGGAAUCCAGUCCAUCCGAUGCCGUCGAACAUGUCUACUGUGUCGAGUACGGCAGGUCUCGACCCGGAAAAUCAUGUUCACAUUCAGUUUCAGUUCGGUCUUCAUCGAGAAAACGUAAUCGUUUAUAAACCUGACCUCUCCAUGACUGCACUUAUGGAACUAGCAUAUUCAAUAGUAGAAAACCAGUUUUCACAGGCUCAGGUCUUCUCACAGCUUAAUACGAAACUGCAUUUGUUUCAUCAUGAUUUAUCAGCGGCAAAUGUUCUAGUUUUACUUCAAUCUGUUGAUGCACUUGGAGACAGAUCACUAAUUGAAAUUGUAUUAUCAGCUGAUUUUGAUGGCAAUGAACUUCAGCAGAUCAGACCUCAUGACUUAUCCGUUCAUUCAUACAAGUCACCAACAUUUUGUGAUUAUUGCGCCGAAUUGUUAUGGGGAAUCGUUAGACAGGGAAUAAAAUGUAAAGGAUGUGGUCAAAAUUAUCACAAGAGAUGUGCUUACAAAAUCCCAAACAAUUGUACUCUCGAUCGGAAACGCCAAAGAAAACAUUCAAUUGCUCCUCAGAUGUCACACAAUCAAAAUGGACAAAUGGAUGACACUAUUAGCAUUGGCAGUUCUGCUUCCUUGCUUUCCAACUCAUCGGCUUCUAGACCCAACUCCAAAUAUAUCGGCCGUCCAUUUGAGAAGGACAUAAAAUUGAUGUCGAAGAUUAAAGUACCACACACAUUCCAAAUACAUUCCUAUACAAGACCAACAGUAUGCCAGCAAUGUAAAAAACUGCUUCGAGGUCUGGUUAAACAAGGAUUGAGAUGUAAAGAUUGCAAGUUCAAUUGUCAUAAAAAGUGCAUGAGAUUGGUGCCUGAUGAUUGUCCAGGCGAAGAUGAAAACCAGAGCAGACCUUCGGACACUGAAUUGGAUAGUCAAGAACAGGGAAGCGAUGAUAGUGGAGAAGGAGAAGGAAUGCAGAUUGAUGACAAUAUCUGCUCUAUUGAAGAGGAACCUGGUUGUGGGUCUUCGGGCAUUGAGAACCGAGAAAUGGAAAUCACACCUGUUGCUGAAGAUACCGUACCUAACAUUCCUCUCAUGAGAGUUGUACAAUCAGUGAAGCACACAAAGAAGCGUUCCAGUACGGUACUAAAGGAAGGGUGGCUCGUUCAUUUUACAGACAAAGACGCAAUGAGGAAAAGACAUUACUGGAGAGUGGAUACAAAAUCGAUAAUGCUGUAUCAGGAAGAAACAGGAUCCAAAUUUUAUAAGGAAAUACCUCUAUCAGAAGUUUUGACCAUAGUACCAGCCAGUAAUUUAGAACCUGGAUUUCCACCGUACCAACUGAAACUUGUAACUUCUGGAUUACAACUGUUUGUCAGAGAUGAUACGAUCAAUGAAAAUGUGUCUGAGGUCGAGAAAAACAUCACACAGUGGUUUAAUGUCAUCAAACAAGCUCUGAUGCCCGUAGCAGCAAGUAGAGCAGAAGCUAUAGUGGAAAAUCAAAAUGUGGCAUCAUUGAAACGAAAAGCUUCUGUGAUGGUUUCAUUCUCCAAAGAGACGCCGGAAGAUGAAAAUGUGAAAGACAUCAGUCAGAUUUAUCAGAUAUUUCCAGAUGAAAUACUUGGAUCUGGACAAUUUGGAAUUGUUUAUGGAGGUAAACACAGAAAGCAAGGAUUUGAUGUUGCGAUCAAGGUCGUCGACAAACUUCGCUUUCCUCAUAAAGAAGAAAGUCAAUUGCGACAUGAAGUACAAAUUCUCGAGUUUUUGGAUCAGCCAGGAAUAGUAAAGCUUUACAACAUGUUUGAAACUCCUGAACAAGUUUUCGUUGUCAUGGAAAAAUUGCGUGGAGAUAUGUUGGAGAUGAUUUUAUCGAGCGAGAAUGGAAGAUUACCAGAACGAAUUACAAAAUUCUUGAUAUCACAAAUUCUCGUUGCACUCCGUUAUCUUCACAUGAAAAAUAUUGUUCACUGCGAUUUGAAACCAGAGAAUGUACUUCUCUCUAGUAAUGAUCCAUUCCCACAGGUGAAGCUAUGUGACUUUGGAUUCGCUCGCAUCAUUGGUGAAAAAUCAUUCCGAAGAUCUGUUGUUGGUACACCAGCAUAUCUCGCACCUGAAGUACUAAGAAAGCAGAGUUAUAAUCGAUCACUUGAUAUGUGGUCAGUCGGCGUCAUCAUUUAUGUCAGUUUAUCUGGCACUUUUCCCUUCAAUGAAGAUGAAGACAUCAAUCAGCAAAUACAAAAUGCAGCAUUUAUGUAUCCACCAAUGCCAUGGCGGGAAAUAUCAAGAGAUGCUAUUGAACUUAUCAUGGAUCUAUUGCAAGUUAAAUCCAGAAAGCGCUUGAGUGUGGAUAAAGCAAGUAAUCACUCUUGGCUGCAGGAUUAUCAAACAUGGCUUGAUCUACGAGAGCUGGAAAAUAAUUUUGGUCGUCGUUACCUCACACACGAGAGUGAUGAUGAGCGAUGGGAAAUGUACAGACGUGAACAAACAGAAGGAACGUCGUUAUGAAAUUCACUAUUAAGAAGCUAAUGACUGAUGAAAUGUAGACAUCCUUUCAUUUUUAAAUCAAUAACUUGAAACGUUUUUUGUUGUUGUUUUUUACCUGGUUUUACCAUACGUUUUAUUGUCAAUCGCUUGAUAUUUUUGAUCUUGCACAAUCUCGCUAAAUUUCUGUAUCCCAUGCAAGAUAUCAGGAGUCUUCAGAUACUGGUUGAAAAAAGUGAAUCUUUAAGCUUGGGAUCAGCUCAUAAUCGAAAUGUGUCUUAUCAGGUUUUUCUAUUUUAUUACAUUUUUAUUUUAGUGAAAUAAUAUAGAAUUGGUACAGAAUAAUGAGGAGUGCCAAGGGAAUUUAUAUUGCAAAUAUGAUGUCUUGCCUAUUGUAUUAAUUAUCAAGUAAAAUAAGGCAUUCGUCUGUAAAAACUUGUAACAGUAUGUCAAUCAAUAAUAGGAAUAAAUAAAUUUCGUAGCAUAUAUAAAAAUAGUGGAAGAAAUAAUGUCAUUUUCUCGAUCUAUGGGUGGUGAUUGAGAAUAGGUUGAUGAGUCUUUGGCAGCGGUAUGAAGCAUAGUAGCGUGCUUACAUGAUUACAGUAUGAAUUAAGUAAUGCUGAUUUUUAAAGAAGUCCCAUUUAUGCUAUUAUAAUUACAAGGGUUGAAUUCCUAUAUGCACCAUUCAUUACGAAACACACCAAUGUACUGUCAAGGCUUAUAAAUGAAUAAAAAAACAUUCCUUGAUUUAAGUGUCGAGUUGUUUAUUGUGAUGGUUCAUGUUUGCAUAUUUCCACACAGAAAUUAUUUUCAAUUGUUUUUUUUAUUAACUGUUGAUUUACUUUGAUAUGAAGCUUAUGACCUUGAAUUUUAUUCCUGAAAUACAGCGUCGUAAAUUUCUGUUUGAAUCUGAAAAGAGCUUUUUAUAAACUAUGUUUAAGCUGCUUACAGUCAAAAUAAUGUUUUUAAAUGGGUAACUGAUUUUUAUAAAAUUUAUUUUACUCGCUUGUAUUGGUGUUACUAUUACUGCUAUAUAUUUUAUUGUCUAUACGUGCAGUAAGAACAUCGUAAUCAUAAAAUUUCAUCUGCUUUUUGAUAUAGCUGUCUAUAGGGAAUAAAUACCUUAAAUCUUGCUUUUUCUAAUACGAUAUUGAGUUGAAAUGGAUAUGAUAGAAUUUUAAUGAAGAAUAAUAUUUUAAGGGUCUUAAUUAAUGACACGAUUUGAUAAACGUUCAUAUUUUAAAAAUUCAGAUGGUUAUGUUUCGUACACUGGCACUCUGUAACCAGAACUUCAUGUAAAUAUGCUUUAAAUUACGAUAUUGAAAAAUAAAUGCUAUUUAACCUCAAGCUAAGUGCAUCUUCUAUUUGCCAUAAAAUACAAAUUUUGAAGAAAAAUUUUAAGCUAAUUCAAUAGAUUUUAUAAUGCGACCAGAUGACUCAAAAAUAUAAAAUUACUUAAGAAAUCACAAAAAAAACUGUACAAUAUUUAUGUAUAUCAUCUUUUAGUUAUUAGUUAAUUUUCUAUAUCUAAAUACUAACUAUAUUGGUAGUACUCUAUCUAUUUUAUCCUUUGCUACCUUGUGCCUUAUUUUUACGAAUAUAUCAUGAUGUUAUAUUUUUCUCAUUGUGAUUUGACAUGUUUUUGAUCAUUGUUUUAAUGAAAUCGUUGUAAAUUUGUGCAAAUUAUGGUUGAAAUAAUUUAUCAAGCAUGAUGGUAUCAUAAUAUUGUUAAAAUAUGCUUGAUCGGGAUUAGCCCACACAAAGAUUUUGUGAGGAUACCGUCAAUGUAUGUGCUGCUUUUUUAAUUUUCCUUUUACUUAUUUGUAGAUAGCUGAUAAUUGAGCCUUGUGGGUUGUAAUUUUACUAUUUUAAUUUGUUAUAUUGUAAAUAAAGCAUUACUUUCCCAAAAUCACUUUCGUUCGAAUUUCAAUAUUUGCUCAAAAAUCCAAUAAUGCACUUUUUUAUUUGAUAUUCACAUUCUAAAAGUUUUCUUUGGCAAAGGUGGACUCAUUUUACUAAUAAUAACGACAUCUUUCAUGAAUAUCCAAGUACAGUAGUUGAAAUUUAGUUAUAGUUCUUAACAGCAUUGUCAUAGGGCCACUGCCAAGUACAUUCCUUCGCUACUACAGUUUAUAUUGUUGGAUGUGAUGAUUAGUCUCCAGUUUGUAUCCUAAAAUUAUAAAUUUCCUUUUUUGAGUAAUGGAGAAUAUUUUGGGACUAGAUUCCAAAUUGCCGAUCAGAGCUGCAGCAUAUAAUCGGACAUUUAAACCAUUUCUGUAUGAUGUUGUAUACUUAUACCUCCUGUUUGAAGAUGAGUCAAUAUGUUAUGAAACUCACAAAAAGGUAUAUUCAAUCAGCAUUCAACCUUUUUCAUAUUUUGCAACUUCUUGCAUGUGAAGAUGUUUGUCACAAAGAGAUAGUUAAAUGAAAAUUCCUCAUUGAAAAUAUCAAUCAAUUCGGGCUAAUGAUUCCGCAUUCAUAAUUUGUCAAGUGCAACCAGAGACUACUCAAAACCAGUAAUAUGUGUUUUGUUCUGUCAGUGAAUUUUUGUAUCUGUCACCGCCUACUUUGAUGCCAUGGUAGUUAGUUAUUAAUAUUGCUAUGUAACUUAUACCUUUAUGUAAAGAUUAAAAUAUGACCUUGGGUGAAAUCUGU